AUGGAUGGAGAUUCUCGUUUGAUGCUUGCAACAGUUGCAAAAGAUAACUAUAUUGAAGUUGAAGCCAAAAACAAUGACUACAAAACAAUUCUCGAAGCGCAAAAGGUUUUAAUUAAUGAUUUCGCACAGACAAUGCCAGAACUCGAUGAAACAGAAAAUAAAAUUAAAGAUAUCGAUGCAGAAAUAGCAGAUGUUGAAGAACAACUUCUUAAUGCACAGCAAAUUCUUAUACAACAACUAAAUUCAAACCAAAAUAAAGAACCAAAAGGAGAUGCCGGGAAUAUACUUCCUGAAAUCAUUACAUCUUUCCAAGGAGAUCUUGUUAAGCUUAGCCAAGAAGCAGUUAAUAAUGGUCAAUAUAAUGUUCCAAUUUUCAAGCUUAUUGAUCUUGAAGAACGCGCAUCCAAUCUUAUUAGUAGCUUAGAAGAAAGUAAAAUGUAUCCAGAAACCGAAGAAGAAAAUACAAAAAGAAUUCAAAAUUCACAAGCGCAUUCUGCUAAAUUAGCUCAAUUCUUACGCCUACUGAAAGAAAUAUACGCUAAAGCUUCACAGGAACAGAAUAAUUAA